AUUGACGGAUGUCCUGCGCGGGCGGCCGUUUUCAUCCUCGUCUCAGUGCGCCUUGCAGGAUGUAUUCAGAGAUGGUGUGUGUGUGGCGGUAUGUGUGUGUAGUGCUUUGUUUCUGUAGUGCUUUGUGUGUGUGUGUGUGUGUGUGUGUGUAGCAUUAUGUGUGUGUGUUCGGCAGUUCCUGCACAUCUGUCCUCUACAUUUCUAUCAAUCUUGGGGGUUGUUGUUUUGCAAGCCAGGGAGAGGGUAUCUCCCAUCUCCCCCGCCACCCUCCUCACCCCACUCUCCCGUUUCCUUCCUCCCCUCUGGCAGCAGGCCAGAAACUUCCGGAAGCCUUUAUGGAGCCCUCAUAACUCCACGUUCACCUGGAUCUGUCACCUCAGAAAUAUACUCAAUAUUUAGAUAAUAUUAUUUUUCACAUUUUGUUUAUAUGACUGCAUGACUAAGGGGUGUAAACUAUUUGAUGUUAUUUAGAGCGUCUGUAAAGUAGCUCUGAUUUUGCAGUUGCAGUAAGUUGACGAAAGAUACUAUAUGCGUCUGGUGUGACAAACAAUGCAACAUGUUCCAAUUGUCCAGCCUGAUGUAUGUGGAAGUGCAAGGUUAAGUCCUUCAAGUCACUGGCUUCUGCUUGUUCUAUACCGUGUUACAUUUGAAGAGUUAGCCCUUAUCUAAUAUCUGAAGAGCCUCUCUCCCAUGGGGCAGGCUUUGAGGUUGGAACGAGGUUUGUUUAUCUAACCUGUAGGUGUUCUUCAAACUUCCUCCCCGACAGUUUCCUCAGAGGGAGGAAGGCAUUGCUAGUCCAUGGUGGAGGAUGGUCUUCUCUAACCCUGAGGGUCAACUCCUGGAUAGCCUCACCCUCACCAUCAUCAUCCCUCUUCCCUUAGGAUCCUCAUAUACAUUUUUUUUUCUUCUCAGCGCAAAAACACACGCCACUUUCCUGCCAUCACUUUGUAGAGGCGUUAGAAAACUAAUAGUCCACUAAAAAUACCCCGCCCGCCGAGUUGGAGCACUGGGUUUGGGCUUGACUUGAGCCUUUUCCUGCUGUAGGCAGCACAGCUUCCAGGGUAGGCGUGGGCUGUUGAGGAAAGAGGACAUGAGCGGCCCUGGUCGGAAUCAGGCUUCCUGCGCAACAUUAUAAAGACUCCCCUCACUCUGUCUACCCUGGAUAGUCUUGCUCAGACAACUGUGGAGGGAGUAGGUUAUUGCCCAGCCUAGCCUGAAGACAGUUAGUUACAGAUUGAGGAACCUGAGAGUUAAACUGAGGGUUGUGAGGACAGCAUCGUGCGCAUUGGUUCUCGUCCCUGCUGGUCGGGGUACGAGUAGGGAGCUGGUCUCACCUAACAGAGGCGUCCAGGAGACUGCCCUCCAUGUUUUCUCUAGCUGGUGUCUUCUGCAACAGGAUGAGCAAGAUCCAGGUGGUGGAGGGAUAUAAGGUUGGCGGGAGGCAUGAGGUGGUGGGGUCUGAAGCGGCUGCUGCACAGGGAUACGUAAAGGAGUUUACGCGCCACUCCAACGACGUCCUGCUGAAUCUGAACGAGCUGAGGCACCAGAACAUUCUGACCGAUGCCACCCUGGUGGUGGGCACUGCCCGACUGCAGGCACACUGUGCUGUGCUCAUUGCAUGCAGUGGGUUCUUCUACUCCCUGUACUCCAGUCGUGUGUCCUCUCCUGGAUGGAGUGGUGCUGGAGGCCAGGCCCUGACCCUGUCUCUCCCUGACUCCCUGGACCCCUCCAGCGUCUCCCUGCUCCUGGACUUCAUGUACACCUCCCAGCUGCCCCUCACGCCACGCACAGUCCCCGGAGUGCUCUCCGUCGCCACCUACCUGCAGAUGGACCACGUGGCUGACACCUGCAGAGCUUUCAUGUUACACAGUGAGAGGAUGAGAGGGACGCCCCCUCAAAUGAAGCUGGACUCCAUGGUGUCUGUAAUGUCUGCAGCACUCUCAGGGGGAGCUCCUCUUAAUCCCCCUGUCAAUGGAAGACCCCGCCCAUCUGUCGUCGUUGUCUCCACCCCCUCCCAGUCCGCAGCGGAGGCUGAGGGUCGUAUGUGCCAUGACUCGGCCAGCAGGAACCCUGGAAACUUCCGGGCCUGUCUGCAGCCAGGGACUUUCCUGACCCGCGAGCCCAGGUCAAAGGAACUAAAGCAGGAGCCUGAAUCACCCAUCCUGGCCUCCCCUACCUCCACCCCUUCUCCAGACAGCCCGUCUCGCUCCAGCUGUCAGCCCAACUCUCCUGCAGAGUCCAACACAUGUAAUCUAGGUGAACCCAAGCGCAACCCUGACCCCAAAGCCUGCAACUGGAAGAAAUACAAGUACAUUGUCCUCAACCCCCUCUGUGCCGUAAACACAGUGAAGGAGGAGGAGCCUGAAGAGGGCCGGCAGCAGCUCGACCACAUCCCCACCUCUGAUAGGAUGGAAGUGACAUUGAAGCCACCUAUGGAGGCGUGGCCAAGGGAAGGAUCCGGACAAAAUGAAAGCCCUCCCCUGGUUCCCCACCCAGGACUGCCAGCCCACCCUCUGGAACCCCCUAUGGAGCCCCACACCCACAAGGAAGGAACAGUCUCGCCUUGCUGUCUGGCACCCCGCCCAUUGGAGCCAGAGGCCGCCCAUCACUGCCAACACCCAAUUAAGCGUGAGAAUUACGGCUUGCCAUUCUGUUACUCCGGCAACCUGAGUGUGAUAAAGACUGCCUGCACAGCCCCCGCUGCAGGAGACAAGCCGUACCGCUGCAACGUGUGUGGUGCCCAGUUCAAUCGGCCCGCCAACCUGAAGACUCACUCACGCAUCCACUCCGGAGAGAAGCCCUACCACUGUGAUACCUGCGGGGCCCGAUUCGUUCAGGUGGCCCACCUGCGAGCCCAUGUUCUGAUUCACACAGGGGAGAAACCUUAUCCCUGUCACACCUGCGGCACUCGCUUCCGUCACCUGCAGACCCUGAAGAGUCACCUGCGCAUUCACACUGGAGAGAAGCCUUACACUUGUGAGAAGUGUGACCUGCACUUCCGCCACAAGAGCCAGCUGCGUCUCCACCUGAGGCAGAAGCAUGGCGCCGUCACCAACACCAAGAUCCGCUACAAGGUCCUGACCGACCCCUACCAGCCCAUCCUGCAGGCCUGUUGAGCUGUUAAAGGUCCUCCCUUUGACCCCUGACCUUUAACCCCACAGAUACCAAGAAUAACCCCAACAUUUAUGUCAAUCAAAUCAUGAUUGUUUAUCUGUUUCCACCCUAGUUCUCCUGUGUUGUUAUGGUCCAUGGCUGUGUCCCAAAUGGCACCCUGGGCCUGGUUGCAUAAAACACCUUAAGUUAAUUUUCCCCUUAUCUGUUCCCUUACAGUUUCCUUAACUUUAAAUCAGUUGAACAAAACAUUUUAAAAGGUGAAUUUCUCCCUUAAAUUAAGUGAAAAAGUUAAUGGUGCCCAUGAGGUCCCUUAACGGCUUCAUUCAGUUUGGAUAUCAAUGUAAACAGAUUUUGUGGAUGUGAAUGUUACUUUCAUCUGCUCUGGUUAUAAAAGGAAAACAUCAAUCAGCUAGCUACUUAGCUAAGCAAUGGAAGGUGCACAAUCCAUGGCUACAAAGCUAGCUGGCUAGUUAGCUAUAGCUACUCUGUAAACUAGCUUGACAUACUAGGAAGUAAUAUAAACAAGUUGAGAAAAAAGUAACAAGAAACUAGGUUUAUCAUCUUCUGAAGCAAUUAAGUUCGAUUUGGAUAUCUCACAAAAUGAACGUGACCUCUGACGAGAGGUUAAGUCAGUGAAUCAGGCCAUGCCCAUGGUAACCAGAUACUCUGGUUUGCCAUACAUGCCUUCAAACUACCGUAAAAAGGAAAUAUUUGUCUAUGCAACGCCCUUAAACAAUUCCCUUACGCAAAGGACAAUUAUUUCUUAAUGUAAAGCCUUAAGGGAAACACUUAAAAUGUUUUAUGCAAACGAACCCUGUACAUUAUAUCGUGCACUACUUUUGACAAGGGCUCAUGGAGCCUACAGGAAUAGGAUGCCAUUCAAAACUGCCUUGCCCCAUCAAACCUGCCUGAUUGAGAGCUCAGCCUCGCCCCUCAAAAACAUGAGCUCAAGUAUGUUUCACUCACUGGCUAGAGGGGCCAUUAUAAACACAUAUACAUGACUAGUUGUAAGCCAAUCAAACCAUGAUGUUGUAAAGGAUUUGUGAAAAGGCGGCCGGCGCCAGAGAUCGGAGCUGAUAUGUAGAUAGGAUGACAAUGCCUCUCCUCUGAGGUAUUGAGCUGGAGGCUGUCUCAGGCCGCUUUAAGCGUUAGGUGGAUAACAUGUCAAGAGAGCUGUCGAAAGUUACUGGGAGUAGUAUGAUAUGUUUUUGUAUCCCAGGAGGUGUUUUGAAAAGUUGAGAGUUUUGAGGUUAUGAGUAGAGAGUGAGUGAGACAAAGACAGAGCUAGAAGAAAAGGGAGAAAAGGAGGAGGAAGGACUAAGGAGUGUGGCUAGAAGAGAAAAUAGAUUCGACAUGAUUGGUUGAAAUCAUCAGAUGAGGAAUUGAAUUUAUUAGAGUGACGGAGAGAAUGUUGUAGAGUUGAAUAGAGCAAGUGAAAGAAAGUUCUGUGCCAAUGGUUUGUUUAUUUUCAAGUGCCACAGCUAUUUUUAGGGACCGGGACACAUUGGGGACCCGUUGAGUAUUUGAAAUGGCAAUGCCACAAAGAUAUCAUUGCAUAACAAUAUAAAGAUAGGUAAUAAUGCCCCAAGCACUAACGUGUGAAUAGACUACCCCGAUUGUGUCAGCUUUAAAUAUAUUUUUAACUAAUGUUUAUUUUUUACACACUAAAACCAAAGGCCUGGGGCCUUUGUCUAAUGUAUAUGACAGGUGUCAUAUAAGAUAAGAUGUUUUGCCCGUUACAUCCGUUCUGUAUUUUUCUAAAGGUUUUUAUUUAAAAUGGCAGUUUAUAACUUGUCAUCGGAGCAGAGUCCGAGCAGGCAAAGGACUUCCGUCUCUUGUGUAUGAAGGAAUAUCUUCUCUCAGAGCAUAAAAGCUAGAUAAUGCGACUGUAAAAAUGGAUGAGAGAUGAUAUUGAUAUUUGAAAUUGUAUGGUGUUCUUUUGCUGGACAAAGACUGUUUUAUACUAAUUAAAUUAAAUUGAUUGCCCUUAACUACAAAUGAGUUGUAUAUGUUUUCUGUUGUAUGUGUUAAAGUCCUAAAUAAUAUACCCCCUGGAGAUGGCUUGUGUAAGCAUAAGUACCUGUACCACAGUUAGGAAAAUAAUAUUUAACUGAAAAGAAUCAGAUAUUAUUCAAUAGAAUUCUGAAAUCAGUAUUCUACCUAUCAUACUGAUAUUAACACUAACACACACAAAACACACCUCCCUAGACUUCCUUCCUCUCAUUAACUUACCCUUCAGACCUGCAAGACUCAGAGGAGCCGACAGUUCCUCAAACCGUUCUCUGAAUCUGGGUGUUGGUGAAGGAAGGAACAAUGGAGUCCCGGGCACCUGUUUCCGGCACGGCUCUAAUGCGGAGCGCACACUGCCGUCCACUAUGUGUGUCAGCAUACUACUUCCUGUGGCAAAGGGGCAGCGGGCCCUGCUAAACUCUCCCACCCUCUGUCAUCCCCACUUCCUGCUCUGUGAUGGGCUUGUGACAGGCAGAAGGACCUGAUCAGCUCAUCGUCUGUGGCACUCGAACUAUCCACUAUAGCAGUGGUCACCAACCAGUCGAUUGACUGGUCGAUCUUCAAGACAUUCCUAUUCGAUCACCAAACAUUUCUGUAGAAAAUCCAACGAUAAAAGGCUUGAGCUUCAUUUUUUAUUUCAUUUGUAUUGCGCUGUUGGUGGUAGAAGCCCUGCGCAGGGGGUAAGCAAAGUGUUCCCAUUUUGAACCGUUUGAUAUGUCUGAAAGACUAACUGCCUACCCAGAAGACCGGGAGAUCUGUGGCUAAAUCCAGUGUGCCUACUGUGCUGGCAAUCGGAUAGCUCAAAUCACCAAUCCCUACAGAGCUUCCACGACGCCGGCCACAGCAAAGUUUGAUACUUGUCUGCUUAAGAUUGAAUAACUUUAAAACCAUGACCACAGAGAGACUGUCAAAUAAUACAGCAAAGAGCUGCUGUUUUAUAAGUGAGUUAAUGUUUCCGACUUGAAGAUCACUGACGUCAUGAUUUGACUUCAUUUUUUUCCAGAGUUCCCAGUUGUCUUGAAAGCACCAUGACCGUCAGAUGCAGGUACCAUCAGUCCAGUAAAAUCAAAAAGCAAAUUAUUUACUAAUUAUUUCAAUUUAUGUUCAGCUGUGCCUCGCAAGUGCUACACCAACUGAUCUAUUUAGUUAUCAAAGCUUGAGUUUUGAAAUAUAAUAUGGUCUGAGAAGAACAAUAUUGGCAGGCCAGGCAUUGAGCCAAUACGUUGUGAUAAUGUAUUAGGCCUACUGCACUAACCUCAUUCUAUUAGGUUAAUGUAAAAAAAAAAUGUAAGUCAUGUUUUUUAAUCUGAGUGUUCUUGUCUUGCUUCCUGACUGCGAAAGUGAUCUUGACUCAGCAAAUGUUGUUGACAACUGCCACCGUCCUUGUUUCCUCAAUUCCUAUCAAAGCUCAUUGGAGGAUGUGGUCCGAGGGAGGGACCUUGGAUGCUCUCCUUUGAGGAAGGAGGAUGCGUUAUGUUUACAGACAGCCAUUGUCUGCGAGGGAAUGGCAGAGAGGACAAGAGGCAGUUACUUAGACAAACGUUGGAAAUGAGAGGGGACUUUCCAACCACUCCCCCCAGCCUUUCCACCAACGAGAGCAUCACCAUUGAAUUAGGAAUUAGUCAUGUCAUAGGAUCUCUAUGAUAAUCACUGACAUGUCAUGGCCUACUAUCUGUAAAUCAACAGGCAUUUCAUCUGCUGGCCCCUAUUAGUGCUUGACACUGGCAGCAUCCUCAUACCUCAAUGCUUUUGCACACAAGUUACAGGCUAUCAGGGGAGAAACUUUGGUUUUAGAAGUGGGAGGGACAUAAUUGUUUUGAUAUUUUUUUCAUCCUGUCGGAUAAACACUCUAAAUAGCCUAACCAACCGCUCGGAGGCGUCCUCAUGGUCCUAAAGCACACCGUUGCCUUGUUUUGUAUCACAUUCCAAUGAUAAAACUGGGGGGGACAAAAAUGCAAUUUCAAAUGUGUCCCCUCUGUCGCCAGUGAAAGUUGUGCCCCAGCAGGCUAUGUAUAAAUUCAUCAUUCAUUCUAUGCUCCAUAACCAGGGCGGAUUGUCAUCUCUGUUCUGUUAAUUGCAUUGCUCAUUGUAUUGGCAGAGUUGAGGCCUAAUUGGCACAGGUGAAAAUGUAAAUUAUAUUUCUGGGAGGCAAAUCAACAUGUUGGUUGUGAUGUUGGGAGAAGUGUGUGUGUGUGUGUAUUUUUCCCAAUAGCACAGGACAUAUUGGGCCGAGUUAACCUCGGUUCUGACUAGAGGGAGUACAGCUACAACCGGAAGUGACUUUUCAUAGCAGGUUAGGAGAAUUUAUGCAGCAGGUCAGGAUAAUUAACAUGGCAGGUUAUGAGACUUAGGAAAAGGGUUAGGCUUUGCUAAAAUGUUCUCCUAACCUACUACAAAAAGUAACUUCCGGUCAUAGCUGUCUACUCUCUCUAGUCUAAACAAAACCGUUAACCGCCACAAUUGGUUUGCGUUGGUUUGUUUGCUGGUUGAUGAAACUUCAAGUCCCAACAAAUGUUUAUCAUUACUAUAGGAAAUCAUUUUCAAUCAUGAAAACAUCAAUACUUUGUACAUUUCAGAAUUCUAUCACAUAAUCCAUAAAGUUAACUAAGCUUUUUUACCCAUGACUUUAAUAACGCACUGUAUAAUUGUAGACCUAAAUUGCGGUCCAAACACUUAAAAGACACACCCUCGUCCACUUACCCUCGCCUUAUGCCAUUGGGGGAAUCCCCGUCGCCAUCUUGGCUGGUGGUGCAAAUGAUUAGCCAAACAAGGGAAGUUUGCAACGUAAGCCCCUCAGCCCUCGUUUUUAGUCGGCUUUGCUAGUGUACAAUUAUGUUCACUCAGGAGCCUGAAACUCCCCAUAAUUCAAUUCGCGAUGAUUGUACAUCCACUAAGAAAAGUCAGAGAAAAGUUAAAAACAACAUCAAAGGAGGAGUCAACAUACAAGUGUAAGUAAAAACGAAUACAAAUAAGUUAGACAUUUUGCUCAUACGUAAAAUGUAAAUAUGUUUUUGUUUGGUAAUCUUUUGGAAAUUGUAUAAAUAAAACAUUUUCCUUCUUCAGAAGUUACAGCUAGGCAGGCUAACGUUUGUUAUGUAAUUAAUUUGCUAGCGUUCAAGGCGUACAUUAACAAUUAUAUAUUUAAUAUAAUGCACUCAUAAUUGACUAUAGCGCAUAUAAAGCAUCCACGAGCAAUGGCUGAAAACACAAUCAUCGCGGGAUGAACGAGUGACGAAUUUCCAGACAAGAGUGGUCGCUUUAAAAAUCAUUCAUUCCUUGCCCUGCAAGUGUAUACUCGUCAGACGUCAUGAUACGUCAUCAGAAGUGUCCACUUAAUUUGAGGGCUGAGUGGAUAGGGUGUGUCUUAAGUGUUUGGACCGUAAAACCUACAUUCACGCAAGGCCCCUUACAAUGGCGCGCUCUUGAGAAACGCCGUCGCGCGCUUUUCUUCCAAUCAUAAUAGGCAGAACCAUACGAGCCUAGACAGUCAUAAAACAGUCGGCUCAUUUAUGUCAUUGUUGUUCGUAAAACGAUACCCUGGCAAUUUUAAAACACAUAUCCUAUGAUAAACGUGUUGAAGAGAUGACUGGAUUUUUUUAUGUAUCCUUUAUUUAACUAGGCAAGUCAACUAAGAACAAAUUAUUAUUUACAAUGACAUGACGGCCUAGGAACAGUUGGUUAACUGCCUUGUUCAGGGGCAGAACGACAGAUUUUUACCUUGUCAGUUUGGGGAUUCGAUCUAGCAAACUUUCGGUUACAGGCCCAACGCUCUAACCACUAUCUUCCUCCCCAUGAAUCAAAUAAAUUAAUGAAUCAACGAAUCAACCCAUACCGUGGUGAGUAGCAAUAGUUGGGUCAAAGUGAUAUCAGGGACACAGAAAAUCUUAAACUAAAUAAUAAUACAAUAAUCAUGAACAUUUUUAACUAGGACUAUAAAAUAAUGAAGAAAUAUUUUGUUAUGAUGUUAUUAUUUUAAAGCUUAUAUUUCUCGUGGAAGUUGAUGAGUAACACCCGGGAACAAACGGCUACAUCCAAAAUGCAUUAAGUUCCCUUUCAAUAUCCAUAUUUCUGUGUUUUUAAGGUAAAGGACACCUGAAUGUAUAUGUAAAGCCUUUUGGAAUCCACAUUUUACACACAAUAAGUGUGAUUUCCUGAGGACAGAAAAGGCACCGCAAUAUAGGAAUGACCCAGCUAGCUGCGGGGUGAGUAGCAAUAGUUAUGCAGACGCCCUUUGCAAACAUGUCAGCUGCUACUGCAUAAAUUGCAUGUCUGUAGUAGGCUAUAUGGGAAGCCCAUAGGUUAAGAGCUCAUCAGCAUACAUUAGCGUAUACACGAUGUGCAUGCUGGCUACAGUUGCAUUCGUGGUUAUAGGCUACCAAGAGACGAAUGUGUUAGGCUAUAGCCGAACAUAUUGCCGGAAAAGUAACUGAAAACAGGUGGAAAACUAGGCUACAGCGUCCAGCUCACUGGAGUCUGGUGACCAUCCUGCCCCUCUCACACCUCUCAGGGUGUGAAGCCAGGUCCAGUUGAUGGGAUAGAGUUCUGUAAACCUAACUCGUGUGCUGAUGAAAUAAGAAGUUCUCUCUACAAAGCACUCAAUGGAUACAUGCCUGGUAUGCAGACCAUGGAGAUGAAGAGGGGGCUAGCCAUGGAGCCAGUGGCUGUACAGGAGUACUGCACACUGAAGAAUGUUAACUUCUUUCCGUGUGGCUUCGUAGUGCACCCAGAUGCCCCGUGGUUAGGAUCCUCUCCAGACGGCACAUGCACAUUUGUGGCCUGCUGGAGGUCAUUUUGCAGUGCUCCUCCUUGCACAAAGGCGGAGGUAGCGGUCCUGCUGCUGGGUUGUUGCCCUCCUACGGCCUCCUCCACGUCUCCUGAUGUACUGGCCUGUCUCCUGGUAGUGCCUCCAUGCUCUGAACACUACGCUGACAGACACAGCAAACCUUCUUGCCACAGCUCGCAUUGAUGUGCCAUCCUGGAUGAGCUGCACUACCUGAGCCACUUGUGUGGGUUGUAGACUCCGUCUCAUGCUACCACUAGAGUGAGAGCACCGCCAGCAUUCAAAAGUGACCAAAACAUCAGCCAGGAAGCAUAGGAACUGAGAAGUGGUCUGUGGUCACCACCUGCAGAAUCACUCCUUUAUUGGGGGUGUCUUGCUAAUUGCCUAUAAUUUCCACAUUUUGUCUAUUCCAUUUGCACAACAGCAUGUGAAAUUUAUUGUCAAUCAGUGUUGCUUCCUAAGUGGACAGUUUGAUUUCACAGAAAUGUGAUUGACUUGGAGUUACAUUGUGUUGUUUAAGUGUUCCCUUUAUUUUUUUGAGCAGUGUAUUUCAGCAAAUGUUCAACAGUUCAGUUAAUCAAUUACACAUCUCUAACAUUGUA